CGGAUGUGGGGAAAAGAAAAUGGCAGCCUCCACGAAAUCGAAGUGGAAAAGAUUGAAAGAAAGUUUAUCGCCAAAGUUGUACAUGAAAUAUGCGUUUCAUCCAGAAUAUUGCUUACCUGCAAUGAUUUUACUUAUUGUUGCUGAAAUUUUUGUCAACUUUGUUGUAAUCCAGAAAAUAAAAUAUACAGAAAUUGAUUGGACAGCCUAUAUGCAGGAAGUGGAAGGAGUUGUUAAUGGAACAUAUGAUUAUUUGAAACUGAAAGGAGACACAGGCCCUUUAGUGUACCCUGCUGGAUUUGUUUAUAUCUACACAGCUCUGUAUUACAUUACUGACCAUGGUACCAACAUUAAACUAGGACAGUAUAUAUUUGCAGUAUUAUAUAUCCUGUCUCUUCUUGUUAUAUUUGAUAUCUACAGAAGAUGUAAAACUAUUCCACCAUAUGCCUAUAUCUUCAUGUGCUGUGCUUCCUACAGGAUCCAUUCUAUUUAUAUUCUAAGACUCUUCAAUGACCCAAUAGCAAUGUUAUUUCUGUAUAUAGCUGCAGAUUUAUUUCUACAAGAUAAAUGGUCUUCUGGAUGUUUGAUGUUCAGUUUGGGUGUUUCAGUGAAGAUGAAUGUUUUGUUGUUUGCUCCUGCUUUACUGAUUUUGUUAUUAGUCAGACAUGGUACCAUGGCAACAGCUAAAUAUCUGACUAUUUGUGCACUUCCACAGAUAAUCCUUGCAAUUCCUUUCCUCUUGGUGAAUCCAUGGGGAUAUAUCAUACAGUCAUUUAAUCUGGGUCGUCAGUUUUUUUAUGUGUGGACAGUGAACUGGAGACUGGUUCCUGAAGAUCUAUUUUUAGACAAGAAAUUCCAGUUGUUAUUAUUAGCAUCUCAUGCUGUCUGUUUACUAAUAUUCUUUCAUUUUAAGUGGAAAAGGUUAUACCAAUGUGUCAGAUUUAAAUUAUGGAUGAAACCUUUACCACAUACACUUACCAGUAGUCAGAUUAUAUUGCCAUUAUUUACAGCCAACUUUAUAGGAAUGUGUUUCAGUAGAUCAUUACAUUAUCAGUUUUAUGUGUGGUACUUCCAUACCUUACAUUAUCUUUUGUGGAGCACAGCUUUACCAUCUGUAGUAAGAAUCCUUUUACUAGGUUGUAUAGAACUGAGCUGGAACACUUAUCCUUCUACAGUCUUCAGUAGUUCAUUACUACAUGUCAGCCAUUUUGUUAUAUUUGCCUCAUUAUGGUGGAGUCCUCUGUAUACACCACAGAAAAAAGUUGUGGUUGCUUCUAAGAUGCAUUAGUAUUGUGUUGUUUGGUUUCUAUGACAAUUUAUAAUCAAACGUAAGAGAUUGAAGAUAGAGAAAUGAUCUUAUAGACAUUUUUAGUCUUUCGAAAUAAAUAUAUGAAUUCUUAAGUUAUGAUCAUGUUGCAAGGCAAUAAAAAGUUGUUUUGAAUAGAAUGAUGUGA